GGUGUGCGACAUGCUGAUGCGUCAUCAAUAAUCGAUGCGGCUGGUGCUUACCCGCUGAUCAGGCAGAUUCUUCUAGAUUUUGUCCCGCCUCAUUGGUGGAUUAAGUAUAUCCAUAUGAUGCGACCACCACACGCAAUGGUUAUUCAACUGAACUCUAAUGGUGAGAUCAUUCAGUCAUUGCAUGACGUCACGGGUACUCACAUACAGGAUGUGUCACAGGUGUCUCAGUUUGGUGACUACUUAUACUUUGGCAGUUUUCACAACAAAUAUAUCGCUAAGCUACAUAUCGGAAAAUAA